GUAGUAACCAAGCAGUGUAGGUACACAGAAAAAAAGGACAGGAACUUCCGGGUGGCGUAAAAAAAAGGCAGUAGUAAUGUAAUUUGUGCGAAUUAUUAACCAUUGAGCGAUUUGUUUAGUCUUUACAGAUCAUGUGAUUAGUGAUGGGAAUAAUUAUUUUUUAAAUACAAUGAUAGAAAACCCGAACCAGCCUGACGCACAGCCGUACAGCGAAUCAGACCCAAGCACCGCGUCAGAGCUCGCCACAGAUAAGACAAAAGACCUCCAGCGGUUUUCUUCUCUAAUGACUAUAUAAAUUAGAGAAAAUAUGGAAGCUAAAAGGGACAAAGAGUAUGGUAAGUAGAUUACCAGCACUUUCAAUGCAUCUGUUAAACGUGUAAGCUAGGCAGCUGGGUUGUGAUUUAUUUAGCGCGUAGAAGUAGCUGUAUAUUCGCUGCGGUACUCAGUACUCUUUGAGAGAUACUGUUUGUUUUGGUAAACUAAAAUUAGUAGCUCGUCAGGAGGCUUCGCUCCUACAGGGUUGGGGGUUCAAAUCCUGCCUCUGCUCUGUCUGCAUGGAGCUUGCAUGUUCUCCCCCUGCUUUGGGGAUUUCCUCCCCCUGUCCAAAGACUUGCCUUGUAGGCUGACUGACAUCUCUAAAUUGUCCAUGAUGUGUGAUUGGGCCCUGUGGUAGUGUCCCCUGCCUUGUUCCCUGGGAUAGGCUCUGGGUGACCUGGGGUAGGUAAGUGGUACGAAAAGUUUUAUAUAAACUAGUUCCUUUGGCAUUGCUUUAUUGCAAUAUUAUACACGUUCAUACUUUCGUUCAUCUUCAGUUACAGCUUUAACCUAGUCAGGGUCAUGGUGGACCCGGAGUCUAUACAAGAAACACUGGGUGCAAGGUGGGAGAAUUCACACUGUACUGUAUGGCUGCACACACAAACACAUUCACACACUCAUUCACACCAAAGGGUAAUUUAGAGUAGACAAUCCUCCUUUCAGUGUGUUUUUGGAUAGUGGGAGGAAACUGGACAACCCAGGAAAAAAGGCCACACAACACAGGCAGCACAAUGUGAAACUCCACCUAAGCACAGGAUCAAACCAGGGAGCCUGGAGCUGUGAGGCAUCACUACUACCCAAUGUGCCACUGUGCUACCUAUAUACACAUUCAGUUUAAUCAAAUUACACCUGCCCUCUUUUCCCCCUCCUUGGUAGCUGAUGCCAGGGAUGUCGAAGAGUGUGCAAAGAUCACUACUGGGCUCCUGAAGUCCCGAACUGGGGAAUUUGAUUUGGAGUCCAUUUUAUUUCUCAAGCUAAGGAGUCUAGAAAUAUAUGAUCUUGGAUGCAUUGGAGAAUGUAUAAACCUGGAAAGGCUGGACCUCUCUGGGAAUAAUAUUACAAAUCUAGCACCUCUUGCAUCACUCAGACUUCUGCUUGUGCUGAAUCUGUCAGCUAACAGGAUUUCCAACAUAGAACCCCUCUCUAGUUGUGAAAGUCUGCAGAGUCUGAAUCUGGCAGGCAAUCUUAUAUCCAGCAUUGAUGGCCUCCAUGCUUUGAAGACUUUACGGAAAUUAGAGAGUAUUAGGCUGAAGGACAACACCUAUAAUCACACUAAUCCAGUUUGCAAGAACUCAGCAUACAGAAACACAGUCCUCGAAAUGUUCCAAAACCUCAAGGUGUUCGAUGGGGAGCGGGUGGUUGGACGCGGAAGUGAUCUGUACCAACUAUGUAAAGACAUUGAUGACACAAUAAAAGCAGGCAUAUAUAAAAAUGGCCAGUUGCCAGAAGUGCCAGAGUGUAAGCCAUGGGUAGAAGAUGGGUUUUGGGAGAUAAGGAGAUCAAAUAAUGCCAUUGUUGAAGAAGCCUACAAACAAUUUAAUGAUGUUCUUCAUGAAUGCAGGCUGCUAAACAGAAGAGCAGCUCAUGCCAUCUCACAAACUGAGAGGACACUCGGCCUCAAAAACCCACCAAAGCAGUAUUCUGUUUGAAAUAACCACACAUUGAAACCGUUUUUUAAACCGUUUUGAAACCGUGUUGAUGGUAUAUAUGUACACACACACAGGUGUAUCUCAAAAAAUUAGAAUAUUUUGUGGAAAAGUUAAUUUUUUCCCGCAAUUUAAUUCAAAAAGUGGAAUUUUCAUAUAUUCUAGAUUCGUUAUGCAUAAAGUGAAAUAUUUCAAGCCUUUUUUAAAUCUUGACGAUUAUGGCUUACAUGGAAAUUAAAAUUGAUCAUUUUCAAUGCUUGUGCUAUUUUCUUGUAGCCGCUUCCCAUUUUGUGAAGCUCAACAACCUUUUGUCAACACAUCACAGCUAAAUUCCUUGGUCUUACCCAUUAUGAAUGAUUAAGGCAAUUUUGCCUAUGUCUUACCUCAUAUUUAUACCCCUGUGAAACAGGAGGUCAUGGUUGAACAAUUCCACAAUUCGUUCCACAAUUCACCCAGGUGUUCUAAAAAAUGUAAAAUAUCAAUGGGAAUAUACUUCAAAUAUAUUUUAUCAUAUUAAUUAAUAGGGGUGCCAGUAGUUGUUGCACACCUAUAUUUAACCUUGUUUUUUUGAUAAACCUGUGUUUUGUUUGCAAUUGUUUGAUAUCCAUGAGUGCAGAGGAUGUUUGUGAUUUUUUUUAACAAAAUAUUAAAAGUUUAAACAGUAAAGACAAA